GGCGUCGACUUAAAGGAGUGUUAUGAUCUCUACACGGGUCAUUGACGCAACUUUGAGGGCCGUCAGGAGGUCGCCACACUCCGUUAUGGUCACCACACUUCAGUCAGGUGUGCUACAGAGAGAUGGUGCCGCCAUGGCUGGUGAUGAGGGUGAGGACAUGGGACUGGUUAGAAGCAGAUGUCAACGGGAAGCUUGUGUAUGACGAAGAUGCCCUGUUCAUGAUGGUUGUCAUGCUGCUGCAGGUGAUGAGCAUGCGGAACAAGACCGUUUUGACGAUCAUCAACCAGAGGUUCAUGGAGCGGACGUCACACAAGCGUGGCGGGGACAUAGAACCUGUCCAGAUCCUGGCUCAACAUGAAAAGGUGUGCGGACGGAGGACCAAGCAUCCCUUCAGACAUGGCAACUUGCAGUGCCGAAGAAGGGGCUCCGACCUCUCCACCGGAGCACCACCAAUUGCACAACGUAGCUGCCACGUGCGAAGGCUGAGGGAUUGGCCCUGCCCAUCGACAACGAUGGUGUUCGAAACGAAGAAGCAUGGCAUGCAUGAGCGCGAGGGAGUUUGUCCGAACGAUGCAGCAUUGGGGGAAGUAAUAGAGGACAGGGAGGGGAAACGCUUUGUUGUCAACAAGCAAGCGAAUGCAGUCAAAGAAGCAUGGUUGAAGGAUCAUACUGUGAUUGUUUCUUUUCAAGGAGAAGCGCGAAACCUCUCAAGACAAGUCAAGGAAGAUCUAAAUAGAGCUUAUGAAGACGGCUGGUUUGUCAAAAAAUUGUUUGGUUCGACUACGGAUAGAGGUAGGGUAAAAUUCGAAGGGGCGAACGUGGUUUCUUAUGUCGCUAGAUUGAAAGAAAUCGCAACAUGGCUACUACGUCAGAAGGAGCUUAAGAUCAAACUCCAGGAGGCGGAGGAAUACGUCAUGACGUUCAAAACGUGGCUUCCUCUUCAAGAACUGAAGGAAAUCAGGCUCCAAGAAGCGGAGACGAGAUUUUGGAUUAUGGCGUUGCGAGUGCCCCUGAAUGCAUACUACUACCUUCAUAGUGCUGUCCAAGGCAUAUUUGGAGAAGUGAGGACGAUGCAUCCAUCGGAAUUUGGCAGCUCAAGACCGAAAUUGAUGACCAUCAAGUUCGAUAUGGCUGCUGAGGCAAGAGAAAAAGUUGACGACGACCUAACGAUCCAAGCACCGUCGGGAGAAAGAUGGAAGGUGGACAUCGCCACCCCCUACACCGAUUGGUCCAAAAAGUGUCGAUGGUAUUUUCACACGGAGGACAACUGUCCUCGAGUGCGUCAAGGAGAAGGAGUUGGCUUCUCUGGUCGAAGAACAGGGGGACAUAAGGCGCGUUAUUCCCAACAUCAGCAGAGACAAGUCAGACAGACGGGUGGUACCCAGAGCAAGGGAUUAGAGGGGCCGCGGGGCCACUGUAUGGAGUGCCCGGUGCAGCAGGAGGAGAUCGAAGUCCGGGUCCGCAGGGAAGCAAUCCUAGGUGGAUGGGUGCAGCGACAGAAGUACCAUGGAGGCAACCAUCGCAGAGGCAGCCCUCCUCGUAGAUGCUUUUCGGUCGGUCCGUCUCGAUUAGGGAGAAGGGUUCCAAGCGGUGAUUGGAGGGAUCAAGGGAGAGAGGGGGGCAGCGGAGGCAGAGAGGAGAGGAACUGGAGGACCAACGGCAGGCUGGAGGAACGAGGCCGGAAUGAAGAUCGAGUGGGGGAGGGACGCUCCCAUCAAGGAGCGAACUCACAGGCAAGAUCUGGGUUACAGCGAGGGGCGGGUGGCGAACGGAACCGGAUCCCAGAAGGGGAUGAGGGGGCUGACAAGCCACGAGGGGAAUUAUCGAAGACAUCGGCUUCCUCUCGGUCCAGAGUUAGAUGGGGCAGCGAGUGGUAUGAGGACGAGCAGGCAGUAGAUCAAUCCGAGGGGGACAGAUCCUCAAUGCAAAGCUCUACUGCCAAUAAAAUAUCGGAGGAGGAAAGCAUGGGGGUGGGGAUGGACGAGCAGUUGCGUGAUCAAAGAGCAGACACGCUACAAAGCACUCAAGCGGAGAAGGUAAUUGAGGAGCCAGGAGUCCGYGAGUGGGUGGACGACCACAUGGUCAGGUGGGAGAGCGCCAAGGAAUUYUAUCCAGACCCAKCGGACUGGCUGGACARCGGUCUAGCGAUUGUGUCCGAAGUGUUGGACGUGGUAUCUCGCAUCCUGGCUAAGGCCAGAAAUGCAAAGGAAGCUCAGUGCAAGAGGAGGGUGGAGGAAGCUGAGGAGAGAAUGGAAGGUCACCCCAUCUCCAUGAUGGUGUGGGCGGCGGAGAGGGAGAGGAGACUGGAAGAGUGGGACAACCUGCAGUUGCGGAAACAGAAAAGAUGGGCAGAAUUGCUCAAAGAAAAGGGAAUUGAGACUCACGACCAGAUGUCCAAAGAAACAUUCAAGAAACUUCAACCUCGGUGGGCGACUCAACGGACUAUCGAACUCCGGCACCCCUUCGACGAGUCAGCACCAAAUGCUUCCUCAGCGACAGGCAUGCUCCUUUAUGCCAAGAUGUACUAUGAAGAUAACCUAACCUCGAGGCGUCCACCGGAGGAACCGACGUCGGACCUAACGGGAGAGUCCGAUAUGUGGGAAGACACGAAUGUGUCGCUGUCCGUCUCAGCGAGAUUGGACUUGGACCGCCCGGUGACCUUGGCAGAACUAACUCAGAUGGUAAAGUCAAUGGCCAAAGGGAAGUCACCCGGUAUCGACGGGCUGACGACAGAAUUCUACUGCGCGACCUGGGACACAAUGGGCCCAAAGUUGGAGGUACUCUACAAUCAGGUUCUGACCGGGGGAAGAUUAGGAAAGGGAAUGACUCACGGGGUGAUCAGCAUGCUCUUCAAGAAAGGCGACAAGACGGAGGUCCUAGAGGUGGUGCAAUCAGAGAAUAUGAACACGGCGGUCUUGCUCUUGGAUCUUGAGAAGGCCUCUGACAAAGUAGGAUGGUCAUUUGUGUUCACCACCUUGAGAAGAAUGGGGUUCGACACAUCCUUUUGCAAAUGGACCGUGGCUAUGUACACGCUUUCAACGUCCGCAGUAAUGAUUAACGACCAUCUAUCGCCUUCCUUCAAGCUAUCACGUUCGCUGAGGCAGGGUUGCCCAUUGGCACCAUUGCUCUUUGUCCUUCAAAUGGAAAUGGUGCUGAACAGAAUUCGACGCAACCCAGUCAUCAAAGGCUUUCCGCUACACGAUGGGUCACAAUGCAAGGUUAAAGCUCUCGCUGAUGACCUGUUUAUCAUCAGCGAGAAUUUGAGGGAGUCUUUAAGGGCUCUAAAGGGAAUUUUAGUGGAGUACUCUCAUCUCUCAGAAGCGACAGUCAAUUGGAAUAAGUCAGUCUUUUUGCUGCCGAAGCAGUUCGGAUUAGUAGAACAAUGGGGGAUGGUGAGGAUCCGGGACGGUGAGGAGGAGCGGUUCCUAGGGGUGUUAGUAAGUCUGCACGUCAACGCAUCAACCCAAGGCUUGUUGUUACAACAAAAAUUAACAGCGAGACUGAGACUGUGGGGGUACAUGUGGCACUUAUCAAUCAUUGGGAGGGCGCUGGUGGCGAACGUCGCCCUGUUCUCUAUCACAUGGUUCGUGAGCUCGGUCAAAGCAAUCUCAGAGAGUGUGUGGAAGGCCAUGAAGCAUUUGGUGGCGCGGUUUAUAGGGGUCAUGGUCAAGGUGGCAUGGGACUUACUUACCUUCCCACGAGUUGAGGGCGGUCUGAACUUGGUGGACCCUGCAAAGAAAAACCAAGCUCAGCUAAGCACGUGGAUUCUCAGAGUGGCAAAUGCGCCAGCGAAGGAACACUGGAUGCUGAUUGCGGAACAGAUCUUAAUGAAAGAAUGGGGUCUGUGCCGACCACAGGAUGUCUGGCGCUGUGUUUUCAUUCCGUCCUUCCGGCGGAAGAAACUGAGAUCUCAGUUCUGGCGCGAAGUAAUCAAGGCCUGGAGCAGCCUACCACCUGAUGGACGAACACAACCGGAGACGAAAGAAGAGGUCCAAACCCAGCUGCUGUUUGAAAACCCGCAGGUCACGAAGAGCAACGGGAGUUGGUUUAAGGCAGAUGGUUCCACCGGCUCAUUUGGGGCAGCUUGGAUCCGGAAAGGAGUGGUCACCAUUGGUGACUUAUGGGACCCCCUCCUGGGUUCUUGGAAAGCACGGUCGACGAUAGCAGAGGCGCUGUAUCCGCAGAGGAAUGUGGAAAUACGUUGGCAACAACUGUUGGAGGCUAUCCCUGAAAGGUGGAACCAGCUACUAUGCCCAGAGGGGAUCGAUCCGGUCGGCACGUGGUACUGUACAGCAGAAGGAGAGGUAGACGAAGUAUGGAAAGUCCUCGAGAUCCUUCCGAGUGGCUUCCGGCGGGUGGAGCGUUGGACCAGUCACAGGCACACAAACGAAUUGCUCCGGUUGGACGAACAGAUCGUUAAGUCUUGGGGUAGCCCUCCUCAGGCAAGGGUAGUGGGUCUGGGUGGUACCCCAUUGAGAAGGAAGAAAUGGUUCUGGGUUGGGCGUACCCCGCUCCGGAAACUGUGUAUAGACCCGGGGGCUUUGAACUGGGCCACGGGAGGGAGCAGGAGCAUUCAGCUCCGGCUGACGGAAGCCACAGUGGCCAAGGGCUACAACGUGAGACUGCGGACAGGGAACGUACGUUCCCCUAUGGAAGUAGCAAUCAGUCGGUGGCAGGCGGUCACAACAGAGGAUCUGUCGAAUGCAGGUCCCUCAUUCUUGGCCCUCUGGGAGACGCUGUCCAAGAUGCCAAAUGGGAAGCAAGUGUCCAUCCUUUGGAUGAUAUCCCUCCUGGUAACUCCAUCAGCGGUAUGGUUAACGGGCAGAGGAAUGCAGGUCGAGCUGAAAUGCCCACGGUGCUCUUGGCCUUUUGAGUCUACCCACCAUCUACGGUGGCAGUGUCCUGCGUCUCGUCGCAUCUGGAAAUGGUGGAGUCAGCACUGGGAACAUUUUGGAGACACAAGGAUAUAAUGGGGGGAGCAGUGGGUACUGUUUGGCUUCCUCCCAGAGGGGGUGCAUAAGAAACAAGGUUGGGGGUACGUUGUCAGGCGGCCACAAG